GACACACCGGUCACCAGUCCAGUCUGCAGCCGACACACGGGCCACCUGCCCCGGACUAUUUACCGGACACACACCGCUGGAAACAAACUCCUGGAGGCUCCGAAGAAUUAAUUUUCGGAUUGAAUAAUUAAUAAUAUUGAACAUUAUUACAGACUUUUAUUGACAACAGUCAGAUUGGAAGAUUCGCACCAAGUUCCUUUUGCUGAAGGCGUUUUUGGCUCAUUUAUCUGGAUCAUUAAUUUCAUCAUUCUGCAGGAGGAGAAACUGUUGGAGGAGAAACUGUUGGAGGAGAAACCGGAUCAGCUGGAAUAAACAGAUUGUCUCUAAAUCUGCUCUGAUAUUCCUGUAAAAGCACACUAACUAUAUCAGAGUGAUAGAGCUGUAGUUCGUGCAUUCUCUAUAGAUAUAUCAACGGAUUUGAAACAGGUAGUUUGGUUCAGAGGGGGAAACUUGAAUCGGCCUCCGGACCUCCGCGCCCCCCUCCCGGGGAGAGACGCGCAGCCCUCCCCGCCGUCCGCGCACCAUGAAGCGGCCGUGUGAGGACAGCAGCUCGGCAGAAAGUGAUGUGGAGGAGCCCAUCGAUGUGGGCAGGGAGAGCGUUUAUCCAGGGCACAUGAAGACGGCGUACAUCACAUGUGGAUCGCCGACUACGACCACUCAAGUGAUGGCGAGGAAGAAGCGCAGAGGGAUUAUCGAGAAGAGACGCAGAGACCGAAUCAACAACAGUCUGUCGGAGUUACGGCGUCUCGUCCCCACGGCCUUCGAGAAGCAGGGUUCGGCCAAACUGGAGAAGGCAGAGAUUCUGCAGAUGACUGUGGAUCAUCUGAAGGUUCUGCAGGCUACAGGAGGGAAAGGUUAUUUUGACGCCCACGCUCUGGCGCUGGACUUCCUGUCUCUGGGUUUCAGGGAGUGCGUGACGGAGGUUUCCCGCUACCUGAGCGCCGUGGAGGGCCUGGACUCCAGCGACCCCCUGCGCUCCCGCCUCCUCUCCCAUCUCGCCUCCUGCGCCUCUCAACGUGACGCCACCGCCCUCGCCAUGACCUCCCAUUCGCCCCACCCCCACCACCAGCAGCCUCACCCUUUGCCUCACCC